AAUUGAUUGACCAGUACGAUUAAGUGUUGAUUCCCAGCGAAAUUUCUUCUUUUCCGGUUACGAAUCCUCGGAUUGCUCAGAUUCCGGUGUUCCAGCGAAAGACAAACACAUUCUUCAAGCGAGGAAUCUAGCUACAUUAGCAGAAUUGAGUCAAGAGAGCGACAAUCUCGUUGUUUACAUCAUCGAUACAUCGUAUAAAUAGUGUAUGGUAUUUGGUUUGAAUAGUAAAAAAGAUUUCAACUACACAGCCACAUUCAUUAUUUACAUUCAGAAAUAGUAAACAGAGCACUAAGAUAGUAUAAGCUCGAUAAAUUGAAAGUUUAGAACUUACUGAUCAAAUUCGAAUUCAGAGAUAAGAACCACGAAUUUAAUCAAAAUAUCGAGAUAAACGUUGUCAAGUUUGCUGUAUUCAUAAUAGAUAUCGAAAAAGAAUAUCUUUUAAUACUAAGACUGUUUAUCGUUAUAUUAAUUUCAGUUGAAACCGGAAGCUGAACGGCCAAAGAUUCUCAUAGCCAAGAAGUUCAAUCAUAAUCCUUUCUUGUUUUUCAAUACAAGUACAAUCUGAAUCAAAGCCACCAUGUUCAACAGAAGAAAGAGCCGAAUCAACGACACAUCCUAUACCGGUGUAAAUCAUGUGGCUCCCACUUCCAACCAACCUAACUCCAGUGCCCUUGCUGCUGCACUCACUAUUGGAAAGAAGACCAACGCAAAUGCGCCACCAGUCAAGACUGGUAUCACCAGAAGCUCGUCGAUUAGCUAUAUCACCAAACCAGCUGCUCCACAUGCUGUUCUGACCAAGAGCCAGGUAACCAGACAGAGUUCAGGUGGUUCUCUUUUGAAGAGAAGCUCAUCUACAUCAAUGCAAUUUGUUCAACCUCCUAGCCACUCAUCUGUACAAAAUAACCAGCCCCAUUUCCGCAACUUUUCUGGCGGAUCCAUGACUUCUACUUCUUCCAGAUCAAGUAUUCAGACUCCUACUGGAUCCAGAAACUCUUUAACCAACCAUCCUAUUGUCUAUGAUAUCGACGAUAGCUUCAACGACUCGUACUUAGAUGAAAUAACUGAGGAAUCAAACCAGAUAUACUUGAAAAACCAGGCUAAUAUGAAAGACUUGAAGCUUUCACACCAACCUCAUUCACAAGCUCCAGGUAGUCCUGGACUCAAAAAGUCAGGCUCAAGGGGCAGUAUCACCUCUUCUGGUCCAGUUAAAAUGGUAAAGAAGUAUAUCCCUACACCUAAUGGGAUUAAAAUAGUGGAAGUUCCCGAGGCCAACUUGGCACAAGAAAUUGCUCGUAACAACUCUAUCAGAUCAGGAACCAAUAUCCCCAGAUCUGGAUCAUUGCGUGGAAUUUCUAACCAGAAUAAGAAGAUUUCAAGAACUUCUUCCUUGAAUUCUAUUUCAAACAAGACCAAGCCAGCACCACGGAUGUCGAGUUUGGUCAGAUCUCCUCCCAAAAUGGCUCCAAUGAGAGAGAACGUCAAUUUAGAAGCCAAGCUAGGCAAUGAAGACGAUAAGCUUGAGCAGAAAUUAAAGAUGGAAGCCUUACAGAAGGAAAUAGACCACGAAAAGCAGUUGGCACAUGAGUUAGAGUUGAAGAAAAAGGAAUACGAGUCGUUGAGAGAAGCGAGGUUGCAGAAUGAAAAGAGGUUGUUGCAGCUUGAAAAGGAAGAAGAACAAAAGGUAGCAGCACAAACUGCGGCCAAUGAUUACCCUGAACCGGACUUGGAUACAGUUACAGACAAUGCUGGCAAGAAUGUGUCUGAACAAGCUAACCAAGUCUCUAAUUAUCCUUCUAUAAAGGUAGACGAUAAUGAUUUGGAAACUUCUGAAGAGACGAUUGUCAAGGACUAUAUCGAAAAACCAUCACUUACUACAAUUGAAGUCAAUCCAGAUGAUGCCAUUACUCCUGAUAAUGAUUCCUUAGUGGAACAAAACAACCUCCACGGAGAUGUAAUAAAGAGUUUUGGGGAAGAGAAGAAGCCAGCCACAGAACUCUAUUCUUCCGAUUCCGAAAUUGAUAAAGAUUACAGAAGUUUGGAACCAGGCAAACUGGGAACCGAAAUUGGCAUUAUCAACCAAUACUCUCAUCUUCAAUCCAACGAACUAUUGAAAAGAGACAGUAUUGUUGAGAGUGAUAAUAUCACAGCUGACGAAUCAGAGCAGGAGUACCAGAGUGACUUGGCAAAGAGAUUAAGACCACAAUUCGCUGAUGCAAGUCAAACAAACCCAGAUGAGUUUGUUCAAAAUGAACAUGAAAUUCCCGAACGCAAAGACUUGACUUCAAUUGUUCUUCCUUCUUCUUCUCCCGAAGCAGAGCCCGAACCAGUACCUACAACGGUGGCUCAGAGCGAGGAAACCCUACAUGUUCCAACAAUUUCUGGACAAGAGAGCUCUGCAGCUUCUUCUCUUUAUUCUGGGAACAGUGAAGAUGGAAAGAAGAAACUAAAGUCUGCAAUGAAGAAUUCUUCUUCGUUUUAUAAUGUUUCGACUACACCUUCCAACAGCAAUACUGCCGCAAAAAGCAAUGCAGCCCAUCAAGCCUACCUUUCGCUAACUACUGCUGAGAAUACCAGACUCAACUCCAAGAUGUCGGCUUCUCAACUAGGAGAAUAUACCUCUGUUGCUGGCAAUGGGGCAUACCCACAGAUCAAUGCCGCUCAGAAUCAAAAAAGAUUGAGUCAGUCGUUGAGAAAGCAACCUAAACAGCAGCAGCCUCCUCCUAGUAUGGCUGGAAGGUCAUUGAGGCCCCAGUCUAUGCAAGCAGAAUCUGGCCAUGGUAAGUAUGCUGCUGCUUACGAAAGUCAACAGAAUGGAAUAUCUGGACGCAAUUUGAGAGACAAUAGACAAACCGUCUAUGUUCAACCAAUGGCUGCACACCCGGCUUUGCAGCCCAACUAUCAGUCUCCUUCUAAAAUGAAGGCUGCGGAGUUAUACGCGAAGGCCAACUCUAGACCGAUGUCUGUCUUCAAGCCAGUAGUUAAGAAAUCGUCGUUUUCAAAGGAAAGCACCAGAGAGGAGAUUGCCCCCCAACCAAAGCGCUUGGGAAAGACAUCUAGAACUACGUUGCGUGAUUCAGCCUAUAAUGUACCCCCACCACAGCAACAACAUUCUCAUGCCCCACCACAGAACAACAUCUUACACAGGGCUACACAUCCUCAGCAACAAAAUACUCCUUCUGGAUUGCGCAAACCAGCCGAAAAUAACAACCCAGGUAUCUUUAAAUCCAGAUUUGUUGAUUCAGAUGACGAAGACCACCAUCAUGGUGGAGGUGGAUUUAAGGCUUUCAAGUCGAGAUUCAACGAUUCGGACGACGCUCUUCACAUUCUCCCCAAACUGGCAACCACUGCUAUUUCCAGCGACGAUACACCUACGUUGCGAAAUGGAGGUAGGAACAGAGAUACCAGCGGUAUUUCGAAUGUCUCUGCCGCAACUGCCAGUUCCUCCAAGGAGAAAAAGAAGUUUGGAGGAAAACUUCGUAAACUUUUUGGAAGAAGCGAUAACUAGAAAUCAUUCCCAAUUCCAACUGAUAGAAACCCCUUACUUUACGAUCUGCACCACUUAAUAAUAGUAUCUACUGAUUCUAGCCCUCUUGUUUGUACACUUUAUCAAUGCAUGUUCGUAUGAUUAUG